GGAAUUUUCCAGACCGUUUGCAGCCACAGAAAAUGGAGUUCUUCCUCUUCGUACUGAAUUGCUUACUCUGCCUCAUCUUCACCAUCACCGUCCUCCGAUUCCUGCUGGCAAGUAAAGCUCCGGCGGCCAAACUCCCGCCGGGUCCCGCCAGGCUGCCAAUAAUCGGCAACCUCCACAACCUAGGCUUCAACCCACAAAAAUCGCUGGCCGAUCUCGCCAGGAUUCAUGGUCCCUUGAUGAGCCUCAAGCUGGGCCAAAUCACCACGAUCGUGGCUUCUUCCCCAGCUGCAGCCAAGGAGAUUCUCCAGAACCACGACAGAGUCCUCUCCAAUCGCCACGUCGCCAUCGCCUUGCAGGCCGCCGACAUCCAUAAAUUCUCCGUCACGCAGCUCCCCGUGGAAUCCAGGUGGAGGAACCUCAGGAAGGUGUGCAACUCGCACAUCUUCACGACCCAGAAGUUGGAUUCGAACGAGGGACUCCGGAGGGCGAAGAUCGCUGAGCUCGUGGAGAGUGUUCGACGAAAUGCCUCUGAGAGGCCCGUGGUGGACGUCGGGAGGGUGGUGUUCAGGGCCGCACUGAACGCUCUGUCGGCGACCAUUCUUUCCAUGGAUCUUGCGGACGAGGAACGGUCGGAGGCCGCCAGACAGUUUAAGGAGCUUGCGAGGGGGAUGAUUGAAGAGGCUGCGAAGCCCAAUUUGGGAGACUUCUUCCCUGUUUUGGCCAGGUUUGACCUGCAGGGGAUACAGAGGCGGAUCGGGAGUCAUUUCGACAAGGUUUUGAAUCUUUUUGAGUGGUUAAUCGACGAACGGUUGCGGGAGCAGAAAUCGGAAAGCUACAUCUCGACGAACGACAUGCUCGAGACGCUGCUGGCCAUCAAUGGGGAUGGCGAUAGUCGGGAAGAGGCUCACAUGGAUCCACAGAGCAUCAAAUACUUGUUCUUGGAUCUAUUUGUUGCCGGAACCGAUACAACUUCGACCACACUAGAAUGGGCAAUGGCAGAGCUCCUCCGUAAUCCUAGCGUACUAGUUAAAGCCAAGGAAGAAUUGGAUCAAGCGAUAGGAAAAGACAAUCAUCUCGAGGAAUCAGACAUUUCUCGAUUACCGUAUCUGCAAGCAAUCGUGAAAGAGACUUUCAGACUGCACCCGCCUGUCCCCUUACUCCUUCCCCGUAAAGCAGGAGCCGAUGUGGAAAUCGAUGGUUUCAUCGUGCCCAAAGGUGCGCAAGUGCUAGUCAAUCUGUGUGCUAUAGGUCGAGAUCCGGCGACAUGGAACGAUCCCAACUCGUUCUUGCCAGAAAGAUUCAUGGAUUCCAAGAUUGACGCUAAGGGGCACGACUUUGAGUUGAUUCCUUUUGGUGCGGGAAGAAGGAGAUGUCCCGGAAUGUUGUUAGCACAUAGAAUGUUGCAUAUGAUGUUAGGUUCGUUGAUUCAUUGGUUUGAUUGGAAGCUGCCAAAUGGAGUUGAACCAAAAUACGUGGAUAUGGAAGAAAAGUUCGGGAUAACUUUGCAUAAGGCAAAACCUUUACUCGCUAUUCCGACUCCCACGUAAGAUCAAGAUCAUAGCAUGUGAGUGAGCAUCUCGAGGUGUUGCUUGUGCCUUGUGUGUCUCCAUACAUAUGCGUUUCAGUUGAUGAUUUAUCCAUGGCCACGAUUACGAGAAUCCCCGCCAGCUACCACGCACACAGGAGAUGUCGUCAGUCGUUUGGAUUCGCUUUGUUAGUUAGGUUCGAACUCGGCUCGCUUGGAAGGAAGCGGGAAGACAUAAUUCAAACAAGGUCACUGUGGCCAAAGUGUUCAUUUUGGUUAUAUGUUGUUCAGUCAUUUAGCUAUGUUUUGUAGUCCAAACCAAGCUUUGUUCUUAUCCAAAAAAAAAGGAGUUGUAGAUUGUUCAGAUUCUAUAUCAAUUAG